AUGGACCAAGAAGGAGAUCCAUGUGAAGUAAAGAAAGCUUCUUUAAAGCCUACGACUCCAACCGCUGAAGACCCCAAUUCCAUUUCUCCACUUGGUUCCGACCAAUCUCUGUCUGAAGAGGAACUCUUAACCGAUGAAGAAAUCAUCGAGUCUAUCUAUCAGAAUCUCUUUCAAGCCAUUCUCGUACUGCGACUACAACAGUGCAGCGCUGAGACUUGGUGUGAUGAGGAUUGCCAAACGCCUCCUCCUUCGCGGGUUACCGAAAUGGUUUCGGAUACUUGCCCCGGAGCUCCGGUGCAGUCCACUAAGACAUGGAGGAACGAUGGUUCUGGACGGGCUAAGAGGCUCUUCUUCUGAUCUGACAUUAAUUUGAAUCUGACUGAUUGUAAGAAGCAUAUUGUUAGGUACAACUUACAAGAGCUUUUAGGGAUUGUAUUAACUCUUGCUUUGACUUAUGUUUGUACCAGUUGGUUUGUACAGGACUUGCUAGCUAAGCUUGUUGUGUUGGAG